AUGCCAAAGUCAGUCAAGACGGCGGAUGAGUACGAUUUUGUGGAGCAUGAAGAAACCGCCGUAAGCCCCGAGAUCCUCGCCAAGAUCCGUGAAUGGCUCCAACCCACCGAUUAUCUCGCCGACUCGGGUGAGUUCCGGCGUCAUCUAGCCUCGCAGGCUCCUGGUACAGGACUCUGGAUCUGCGAGACGGAUGAAUACAAAAAAUGGCACGACUCUCCCGACCAUGGCAGCCUCUGGAUCAAGGGCGUUCCAGGUGCCGGCAAGUCCGUCAUGGCAGCGUCCAUCAUCCACCAUAUGAAGACGACUGAGAACUGUCCCGUUCUCUUUUUCUUCUUCAGAAACAUUGUCGCAGCCAAUUUUUCUCCACGCGCUCUCAUUCAAGACUGGCUGGCUCAGCUUCUCCCUCACUCUUCCAAGCUGCAAUUUGCGCUUCAGUCUCGCCUCGAGACCAAGCUGGAGGAGACUUCAGACAACGAUCUCAUCGACAUCUUCCUCAAUGGAGCCUCUCGACUUCCAAAACUCUACUGUAUUGCAGAUGCUCUCGAUGAGAUGACGACCGAGAACAGACCUUUUCUCGACAAGCUCAACAGUCUCGCGACUCACCGCCCUCAGUCGUUGAAGCUUCUCAUCACUAGCAGACCCAAGCAACAUCUCCAAAGCGCACUUCGCGACUCUUCAAUCGUCCACGUCAGUCUCCAGCAACGUCUUGUGGAUACCGACAUCAACUCGUAUCUUCGCCAUCGAUUUGAUACAGCCGUUAUGUCCGAGGACAAGCUUCAGAUGAAAGAGGAGCUCAUCGACAUGGUCGCCAAAAGGUCUGAAGGCCUCUUUCUCUACGCCAAGCUCACCAUGGACCAAAUCGAAGCUUCUCUUGCCGACGAUGGUCCAGCGGAUAUCAAUGCCCUCGAGCAAUCCCUUCCCAUCGGCUUAGAGCAGACAUAUACCAGCAUGUUGGCCAAACAGCGUCAGGAGAAGGGCAUCAGUACAGAUCUUCAAGUGCUUGUUCUCGAAGCCGUCACCCAUUCAUCCCGACCUCUCCGGUUGAGCGAGAUAGCUAGUCUCGUCAAGUCCGUCUGUCCGGAUCUCGAUGCACCCACUGGCUUCAAAGACCUUGUUGCUACCUGCUGCGGACCGCUGAUUGAGGUCUUGGAGGACGAGACUCUGCAGGUUAUUCACCACUCUUUCACCGAGUUCCUGCGCGGUGAUACACGCACCGUCUCAAAUGAUGAUGCAUCCUCCGACUUUCCAGUCAUCGACUCUCUCAAGGCACACAAGAAGAUGGCCAUCAACUGCCUCCAGUACCUCCAAUCUGGAACUCUACGCCUCCGUUCUGAACCUCCCAUCAUCUCGACUGAGAACUUGGGAACAAGGCCAGAUGAGAACGAUAAAGAGUCUCAAGGCUUACGGGAAUUGUCUAUGUUUAUCCGCACAGACUAUAACGAGGAUGGGAAAGAUGGCGAGAAAUACCGAGAGGCUCGCCUGCACCAUCCACUUUUGGGCUAUGCCGUGGAGAACUGGUCAUACCACGCUAGCCAUUACGACGUGAAAGACGACGAAUUCUUCGCCACUGUCCAAGAAUUCAUCAGGCCUGAAGUCCUGGCAUUUCGAAGAUGGCUCUCUCUCGAGUGGGGGUUGGUAGCGUGGGUGGAUGGGUUUUGGCUGGAUAUCCCAACAGUUCUUCACAUUGCCGCCUUUGCUGGCAUGUCUGAACUUGUCUCGGAGUUGAUACAGAAAGGAGCAUCUGUGUCGGCUCAAGAUGACCGAGAGCGCAUUCCCCUCCAUUGGGCAGCUGAAAAUGGACAUGCAAAGGUUGCAUCGCUGCUCAUCCAGCAUGGGUGUGAUCCCAAUGCUGAAGACGCGGAUGGUCUGAAGCCACUUCACAUUGCCGCCAAGAAGAACCAUGCGUCAGUGGUAACGGUCCUUCUGAAAGCAGGUGUCAAGCCCAGCACAGGCAAGACAAAGAUUCCCAAGGGGGCAAUGUACUGGGUGGUUAUUGAGGGAGAAAACGCGCUUCUACACGCCAGUCAAGCCGGACACACAGAGACUGUUGAAGCACUGAUCCCAUUCUGCAGUUCAGAGGAACUGGAACAACUUCUCUGUGAAUGCUGCCGCUUCUCCCGGACCGACUCUGUCCUGAGUAUUCUCGAAAAGACAGAUGUCUCGGCCAACGUCAUGUGUCAUGGGGGGUCUCCCUUGCAUUUUGCUUGCGUCUCAGCCAAUGCCAAAUGCGUCGAGGCUCUUAUCAAGCGUGGUGCGGAUCUCAACAAGAUGGCAAGUUUGAGAACUUCAGAGUCAAGGCUCCACGCCUAUCCUCCUCCAGGCAUGACGCCUCCGUUGCUGGAUUUGAUAGAUGUUUGGAACAAGAGCAACAACACUGCGUGCCGCUCCAUCCUGAAGAUGUUGGUCAAGGCUGGGGUUGAUCUCGAUCAGACUAGCAGCUCCGGAGACACCGCCCUGAGGAAAUUGGUUGAACCUACACAACGUUUGACUGGUGGCCUCUAUGUGCCAGCACUCAAAGCCUUGUUGAAUGCAGGAGCCAAUCCCAAGAUAGGAGACUGCCGUGGAAGUGCUCCUUUGCACAUUGUUGCCGCGAGCAAUCGCAACCUUAACGGUAUGCAACUGCUCAUCGAACACGGAGCUGAUCCCAAUCAAAGAGACAGUCGUGGAAGGACACCUUUCCACGAAUUGAUUAGUUCAUUCCACUAUGACAAACCAACACAAAUUGAGUAUGCAAAGCCUAUCAUCAAGUUCUUCCUUGACAACGGGGCUGAUCCAGAAUGCCGAGAUAACGAUGGGGUGACCCCAAUGGCCCUGGGUCCUCACAGGUUUGGGCCCGAGAUCUUUGGCCUGUUGGUCUCAAAGUGCAAGUCUGACUCGACCAAGAAGGAGUGUUGGUUCGGCUUGUCCAGCGAGUGGGACAUUGCCAAGUUUACCGAGACUCUUGAGGGUAUGCUUGCUGCUGGGAUGGAGAUUGAUCAACGAGAUGAGAGUGGCCGUACUCUUUACCUUCACUCUCUGACCCAUGAAGAGAAACGAUGCAUCCUUAGAGAACACGGCGCUACACCUGGCCUCUCAGACAACCAAGGCAAUAAUGCCAUCCAUCUUCUUACCGCCGGGAAUCGGGGAAAUCGCAAAGCACUGGAGAGUCUCUUUGCAGAUGGAUUGGAUCCUCUCAGUACGAACAGCAACGGAGACACGCUCCUCCAUCAUUGCGCAGCUGUCUAUCACAAGACACCAAUCAACUUGAAGUAUGUGAGGUGGCUACUCAGUCUCGGCAUACCCGUCAAUGCUGUCAACAAACAUGGCCAAACUGCCUUACAUGUGUUCAUAGACAAGUUUUGUCAAGAGAACGAAUCCAAGGAACGGCGAACCGACUUUAUCUACGCCAUAAAGGAUAGCUCCAGCGUUGACUUUGAGAUCCGAAACAACGAUGGCUUGACUGCCCUACACAUGGCUGCGAUGAGGUCUGUGGUGCAAGUAUUGCAGCUAGUGGACGCUGGGGCUGAUCUCGGCUCCUUGACAAGGGACUCUCAGAAUGUUCUUCAUCUAGCUUGCCGAGCUCGAAAGAGCAAUAUCGUUGCUCAAAUCCUUGGCCAUCUGGGGAACCUCGAAGUGAACCAAGCAGAUGAGUUUGGCAGAACACCGCUUCACUAUGCUUGUGCCUCGGGAGGAGCAGAGUCCGUAGCACUUCUCCUCAAGCACGGUGGCAAUGCCAAGGUCAUUGACUCACACGGAUGUACUCUCCUUCACGCUUGCGCAGAAUGCGCGGCGGAGCAGAAGACCUGGGAGAUCCAAGCUCAUACAUCUGAAUGGAUGCGAAGCCCACGGGAUCCUUUUCGGCCGAGCGGUUCUGUCAAGUACCCUCGAAGACACAUGUGGGACGCAGGUGUGCCUAGAAAACCACCAGCGCCGGCCUCGGCUGUUGGGACCAUCUUGAAGCUGCUCCUGGAUGCCAGCGUGGACCCAGCUGUCGUCGAUCAGUCGCAUCGCACCGCCUUGGACAUUGCAAUCCAAGAAGGCUGCGUCGAAUUUGUUGAAAUGUUCUAUCGCGACGAGGAGCUGUUCAAUGCAGCUACAAAAUCUCUUGAAGAGAAACACGGUGUUACUCCUUUCGUCGCCGCGACUCGACGAGGCAUGAAGGCCCAGAUGGCGCUGAUGCUGCCAAGGUCUUGUUUGGAGAUGCUGGAACAGGACAAGUCUAUCUUUGACCUCAUCAUCCGCAGUCCAUCGCGCUUUUUGGGUCUCAUGCCUCGGGACGACGUUGUGAAGCUGAUUAACCAAGGCUUUGAAGCUGCUCCGAAGAACCCUGGCUACUACCUUCUUCUGGAGGCACUCAUGAAGCCCGGUCACCUCCAGCUCAUUGAGAGAUUGCCACAUAUCAUUUCUUAUUUUGGCACUUACGAGGUACUCAAAGCGUUGUUUAGACGAAUACGGGUCGACGAGGAUGACGCCGGCAUGUGUACUCCCCUCCAAUUGGCCUGUCGUGAGUCAGAAUGCAACAUGCUCACGAUCCAAUACCUCGUGGAGAAGCUCCAUGUUGAUGUCAAUGCCCGGUUUGCGCAUAUGGACGCAGAGGACAGAUAUGACGGGGACGGACCUUCUCCAGGAGGGACUGCACUUCAUAUACUUGCGUCAGCCGAUCACUAUUGGCAGCUGGAUGCUAUGAGGUACCUUAUCGCCCACGGAGCCGAUGUCAAUGCUCUCAAUAGGAAGAAUGAGUCUCCAAUUCACGUUGCGGCGUCUGGAGAGCGGAAUGGCAGUGGAGAUGAGGGCUUCUGGAGGUCGGAGGCUGUGAACAUCCUUCUUGACCACGGUGCUGACCUCAACAUUGUGGACGAAGAAGGUUGCACUCCUCUCCACAAGGCGACCGACUCGGGAGAUGCCACGAGGCAACUUCUUCAAAAAGGAGCGGACCCUACUGUGGGACGUCAAAGUCCGCUCUUCCGAGCCAUUGAAAAUGAGAAUCUGGAAGCGCUCGAGGCGCUGCUUGACCACGGCCUUAGUGUGAACACUGUCGACGAGGACAGUUUCCGCUAUUCUUCGAGGAGGCCGCUUCGCAAGCAAUAUCCGGUUAUGCCCGCUGCCUUUGCCAACAGGAUGGGCACCGGCGUGCUAGGGUCCAUGCCAUUACUUCGUACUCUUGUGGAGCGAGGAGCAGAUUUGUAUCUACCGUUGAACGACCAAGAGACCAUCAUUCAGUAUCUCUUUGAGGAACCGAGCUGGUACGAGGUUUCAGAUACCCUGCUACAGGAACCAUGUGUUUCACGAAUCGACUUCAACCAUUGUGACCAGAUUGGUCGAACUGUCCUGAUGGCUGCCUGUCGCUGGGAAGGUCGUGUCCCUGGAUACUUUGAGCGUGGAAGAGUGGUUCCCAAGGCUCAAGGUGCUCCUAUUCGUAUCUUGGAUCAAGGAGCGGACGCCACAUCAGUUGAUGACGAUGGAAAGACGGCACUUCAUCACCUCCUUAACAACGCUGCCAUGCCAGAUGAAAUCGUCAUUAACUUCAUCAACAGAGAAGACGUUGCCCCUACCCUCUGGUUGCAAGACAAUGGCGGCUUCACACCAUUUCACUGUGCUCUCCGUACGCUUCGACCCAGUGUUUGCAGCUGGUUCCUCGACAAAGGCGCAUCAGCUUCUAAACCCGAUCCUAAGGGCCUCACACCACUGCAUCACAUCGCGACUCAGUGUUUGAAGAUUAAGAGAGAGCUACGCGACACGUCAUCCCAUGAGGAACUUCCAAGCGACUACUUUGAUCAAUGCUUGUCCCUCUGGCAAAAUAUCAUUGCCAAGGGAGCCUCUAUCAACGCUACCGACAACGCUGGAAACACUCCUCUGCAUAUGUACCUCUCAACCCCAGAACGGUCUAGCAACAGACGCCGGGAUCCAGGAAUCUGCCAUGUUGAUCACUUUGACAAGCUAUUCCCACUAGACAGUGAGGUCAAUGUCUCGGCUGUCAACAACUCGGGCGAGACGGGGCUUCACAUCAUCACUUUACGAAAGAAGCCGAGGUUUGGCAAGACUGGACACGACAAGCCUCUCUUUGAGGUGUUGCUGGGCAGAGGAGUAGACCCGCUGAAGGAGGAUGCAAAGGGGAGGACCGCUUUGGAUAUUGCGAGCGCUUGUGGGAAUGACGAGAUUGUGGGAGUUCUGCGAAGAAAGUAA